GGAUGCAGCAGAACUGAACUUCGUGGACCAGGAUCUUCCAGCAUGAGGAGCAGAGCCGGUUUCCUCGGCCUCAUCGCAGCCGCCUGCUUCUGCGGCGUCGCUGCUCAGAGCUCAGAGUGUGAAAACGCCACGGUGGCCGACAUCGUCUUCCUGGUCGACGGCUCCGACAGCAUCGGCGCCGAGAACUUUGGGGAAGUCCGAACUUUCCUCCGCAACAUCAUCCAGGGCCUGGACAUCGGCGCCAAGAAGGUCCAGAUCGGCCUGGCGCAGUACGGCUACGAGACGCACCCGGAGUUCCUGCUGAGGAGCCACCCGGACAGGAAGUCCCUGCUGGCGGCGGUGGAGCAGCUGCCCUACCGCGGCGGCGGGACGCAGACGGGGAAGGCGCUGAACUUCCUGCGGGAGGAAUACUUCACGGCCGUCGCCGGCAGCCGGGUCGGCCAGCGGGUGCCCCAGAUCGCCGUGGUGCUGACGGAUGGGGAGUCCCUGGACGAGGUGGAGACCGCCGCGCUGCUCCUGCGGCGGCACGGCGUCACCAUGUUCGGCGUGGGCGUGGGCGAGUACAACCGGACGCAGCUGCGCUCCAUCGCCAGCUGGCCCCACGAGCAGUUCCUCUACACCAUGGAGAACUUCCAGGCCCUGCAGGCCAUGGCGGGAACGCUGCUGGAGAACGUGUGCAGCUCCAUGGAGGGCCAGAGACAAGCGCUGGCCGACCCGUUUGCAGACACCUUCUUCCUGGUGGACAGCGGUUUGUCGCCUCGACAGUUCGCCCAGUUCCGGAGCGAGCUCCAAAAGCUGAUCGGCCAGAUGGAUUCGGUGGGCCGGUCCGGCUACCGCUUCGGCUUGGCCCAGUACGGGGAACGGGUCAAGGUGGACUUCCGCCUGGACUCCCACGACACCAAAGCGCAGGUCAUGAAGGCCGUGAAGGGUUUCCGGCUGGACUCGGAGUCCAAGCAGCCGUCCAACCUGGGCGCCGCUCUGGAGUUCGCCGCCCGGAACUUCUUCGGGCCGGAGGUCGGCGGCCGCGCGCACCGGGGGGCCCGGCAGUUCCUGUACGUGGUUCUGGGGAAGGAGUCGGACGAUUCGGUGUUCUGGGCGGCCAAAGAUGUCCUGGCAACGGGAGUGGAGCUGGGCCGGUUUGGACCAAGGGGACCGGCGGGGCCGGGGGGGCCGGGGGGGCCGGGGGGACCGGGACUGCCGGGAAUACUGGAGGAUAUCCUUGCCUACCAAAUAGACGCACAUGUCAAAGACAAGCGUCUGUUUCACGACUUCAAAAUAAGCAAACUGCUGAACGUCAGUACCAGCGUUCAGACGGACACGGUGGGGGCGUUUGACACGAUGAAGACGAUGGAUCCGAUGGUCGCUGAAGAUUGCAAAGGCGCCAACGUGGCAGACGUGGUGUUCAUCGUGGACGAGUCCGGCAGCAUUCAGAGCAGCAACUUCCAGCUGAUCCGUAACUUCCUGGAGUCGGUGGUGACGAGCCUGGACGUGGGUCUGAACCGGGUCAGGGUGGGCAUCGUGACCUACAGCACCACGCCCGUGGCCCGGCUCCACCUCGACUCCGUCAAGUACAAGAGCGACAUCCUGAACUUCAUCCGGACCCUCCCGUACCGGCGGGGCGGCACCAGAACCGGGGCCGCCCUGGACUUCGCCCUGGAGCAGGUCAUCAACAGGAAGGGCGGCAGGAAGGGCGUCCAGAAAGUGGCCGUCGUCAUCACGGACGGGAAGUCCGAGGACGCCGUGAGCGAUAAAGCCAGCGCUCUGCGGCGCGCCGGCGUCACCGUCUACGCCAUCGGCAUCAAGGACGCCAACAGGACGGAGAUGGUGGAGAUGGCGUCGGAGCCGUCGUCCCGGUACGUGUUCGGCCUGGACGACUUCGUCCAGCUGAAGCCGCUGGUGCACGACCUGCAGAAGAGUCUCUGCACCGUCAUCAUCGACGGAGCCGUCCCCGACACCGACGUCAAGGAAGCAUGCACCCAGAAAGACGAGUCCGACAUCUUCUUCCUGAUCGACGACUCGGGGAGCAUCGGAAACGCCGACUUCGACGACAUGAAGGCUUUCAUCAACGCCUUCAUCCGCAUGUUCCGCGUGGGGCCGCACCACGUCCGCCUGGGCCUGGCCAAGUACUCGGACUCCCCGACGCUGGAGUUCGACCUGACCAAGUUCUCCAGCGCUAGCGAGAUGGAGACGGCGGUGAACGGCACGGAGCACAAGGGCGGGGGCACCAACACGGGCCGGGCGCUGGCGUUCAUGGAGCAGCACUUCCAGCGCGCGGCGGCGGCGCGGCGCGUCCCCGCGUACCUGAUCGUCAUCACGGACGGGGAGUCCCAGGACAAGGUGAAGGCCCCGGCCGCGACGCUGCGGCGGCAGGGCAUCGACAUCCUGGCCAUCGGCGUCAAGGCCUCCAACCGCACGCAGCUGCUGGAGAUCGCCGGCAACGCCAGCAAGGUCUUCUCCGUCAACAACUUCGACGGACUCAAGCACAAACUCGACGACCUUUUCAGGGAAAUCUGCGCUCCGGAGGUCUGCAAGGACGUCCCCAGCGACAUCAUCUUCCUGACCGACAGCUCCGAGAGAAUCUCCGAGAAAGAUUACGUGAAGAUGAAAGCGUUCAUGAAAUCCGUCAUCGGCAAGUCGGUGGUGGGUUUGGACAACGUGCACGUGGGAGUGAUGCAGUUCAGCACCGACCCGCACCUGGAGUUCCCUCUGGGCCGGCACCGCUCCAAGCAGGAGAUGUUCGGAGCCAUCGACCGCAUGGAGCGGAUGAACGGACGCACCUUCACCGGGAAAGGCCUGGCCGCCGCGGCGCCGCUCUUCGACGCCGGCGCGGGGGGCCGGCCGGCGCUGAGCCAGAUCCUGGUGGUGCUGACGUACGGCAAGGCCGAGGAUCGGGUCAAGGGCCCGGCCGACGCCCUGAGGGCCAAAGGAGUGACGGUUUACACCGUCGGGGUGUUCGACGCCAACCAGGCCCAGCUGCUGGAGAUCGGCGGAUCGCUGAGCAACGUCUUCAACCGGGAGAACGUGGACGCGCUGGAGGAUCUGGACAGCACGCUGGCCCUGAAGUUCUGUGACCCGCAAAGAGACUGUAAGAAGUCGGACAAAGCCGACAUCAUCUUCCUGGUGGACGGAUCCAGCAGCAUCAGUGAUGAAGAGUUCCAGAGCAUGCAGACGUUCAUGAGCUCGGUGGUGAACCGGACCACGGUGGGCCCGGACGAGACCCGCUUUGGGGUCAUCCUCUACUCCACCGAGGUUGCGCUGCAGUUCCAGCUGGACCAGUUCAAGUCCCGGGGCGAGGUCCUGCAGGCGGUGCAGGGGCUGAAGGCUCCGACCGGAGACACCUACACCUCCAAGGCCCUCAAGUUCUCCCUGAAGUUCUUCGACAAGGCGCAGGGCGGGCGGCGGCAGCUCAAGGUGCCCCAGAUCCUCAUGGUGGUGACGGACGGCGACGCCACCGACCACCACGGCCUGAAGGCGGCGUCGGACGCGCUGCGGGGCAACGACGUCAGCGUGUUCAGCAUCGGCGUGAAGGACGCCAUCCUGGAGCAGCUGGAGACGAUGGCCGGGGGGGACACGUCCAAGGUCUUCCAGGUGGACAGCUUCAAGGAGCUGGAGACGCUGUACCAGAACAUGUCCCUGGAGGUCUGCAACACCACCAAACCAGACUGCAUCCAGACGGACCUGGUGUUCCUGCUGGACUUCUCCGGCAGCAUCGACCAGACGGAGCACCAGAUCAUGGUGAACUUCACGGCCGACGUGGUGGCCAGCCUCCCGUUGGGGGACAAGUUUGUCCGCGUGGGCCUGGCGCAGUUCAGCGACCGCUUCCAGCACGAGUUCCACCUGAACACCUACGACUCUCCGGAGAAGCUGGACCGGCACAUCCGCGGGGCGAGCUACGCGGGCGGGAACACCUUCCUGGGGGCGGCGCUGAAACAGAUCCGCGGCUACCUCCUCCCGGCGGCCGGCGCCCGCGGCGGCACGCCCAAGACGCUGGUGGUGGUCAGCGACGGAGACUCCCACGACGACGUGGAGGACGCGGCGGACGAGCUGCGGGCGGCCGGCGUGAACGUGCUGGCUGUCGGCGUGGGCGACGUCUACGACCUGCAGCUGCUGCAGAUCACCGGCACGCCGGAGAAACUCUUCACCGUCAAGAACUUCAGGGAGCUGGCCGGCAUCAAGGGCAAGCUGGUGGAGGACGUGUGCAAGGAGCCGGCCGGGCGGCCCUAUGACUGCCAGGUGGACGUGGCCGUGGCCUUCGACGUGUCCCGGCUGGGCGUCCCCGGCGAGACGCUGCGCCGCCACGUCCCGGUCCUGGGGGACGUGGUCCGGUACGUGUCCUCUCCGGACGGACUCUGCUGCACGGCCAUGGACCCGGUCGGCAUCGGCUUCUACGGCCUGGACGGGUCCGGCCGGUCCGUGUUCGACGCCAGCUUUGAGCCCUACGACCCACACCUGGUCCAGAAGGUCCUGGGGACGCCCUGGACCCGGUCCACGUCCUUCAACUCCUCCCUGAUCCGGUUCCUGGGGGACGAGUUCAGGACCAAGUCUCAAGCUAGAGUCAAGGUGCUGCUGAUUUUCUCCGACGGGCUGGACGAGGACGUGAUGGUGUUGGAGCAGGAGACGGAGCUGCUGCGGCAGUCUGGCGUCAGUGCUCUCCUCACGGUGGCGCUGGAGGGCUCCGACCCCCGCCAGCUUCUCUCCGUGGAGUUCGGCCGGCGCUUCGGCUACAAGGAUUCUCUCUCCAUCAGCACGCCGGGAAUCAGCAGCCGCAUCCUGCAGCAGAUCAGCUCCGUGGCUGAACGUGUUUGCUGCAACGUCAUGUGCAAAUGUUCUGGAUACGAAGGGAAUCCCGGUGGUCGUGGUGGACCCGGAACCAAGGGUCCGUUUGGACUGGACGGCCGGCCCGGGUUCCCUGGAGACGAAGGCGUCCCUGGCGACCGAGGUUCUCCGGGACCGUCUGGACCUCCAGGCCUGGAGGGAUGUUCUGGUACCAGAGGACAGAAGGGAUCCCGAGGUUUCUCCGGCGAGAGGGGAGAAGACGGACCGGACGGGCUGGACGGGGUGGACGGAGAACAGGGAGAGACGGGUCGCCACGGCGUUCGGGGGGAGCGAGGACCAGCCGGUAGACCGGGAAUCCCCGGGAUCAGAGGGGAGGACGGACACGCAGGAGGACGAGGACUCAGAGGAGAUCCGGGGGAACCCGGAACCGCCAACACCAGCCCUGGACCCAAGGGAGAACCGGGGAACCCGGGCUUCAUGGGAGAGGCUGGAGAGGACGGGAAGGAGGGCGGACCCGGAGAACUGGGAGACCAGGGUCUGGACGGGAGACGAGGACCCACCGGAGAUCAGGGGAAACCUGGAGGUCCUGGAUCUCCAGGACCAGCGGGAGUCCCGGGGGCUGCUGGUGCUCAGGGACCGAGAGGACCCGACGGGGAACCCGGACCGAGGGGAGUGCCCGGUUUCUCUGGACUGCAGGGUCAACCAGGAAAAGUUGGAGACCCGGGAAAACCUGGAGGUCGUGGCGCCAACGGACCCAAGGGCCAGCCAGGAGAGCCGGGCGUGAGGGGAUCCCGGGGACCACCAGGACUACGAGGACUGCCGGGCGACGAUGGCUCCGACGGUUUUGGACCAAAGGGGCCUAAAGGUGCCAAGGGAGAUCCGGGUUUCCUGGGGCGUCCCGGUCCACGGGGUGAAGAAGGUCCGGCGGGAACCAAAGGAUACCCGGGAAAAAGAGGGAACCCGGGUCGAGGGGGAAACUCGGGCCGGUCUGGGGAACCCGGGGUGCCUGGAGAACCAGGAUUCCCGGGACACGUGGGGUUCAAAGGUCCUCCCGGCAGCAGAAACACCAGCGAGUGCCAGCUGAUCUCCUUCAUCAGGGACAACUGCGGUGAGCCGCCGCCGCGCUUCUCACGGCUUCUCAAAACCGCCAGAAACACCAGCAGCUCCAGAUCAGAACCAGUUCCAGAUCAGAACCUCCCACGUUCAGAAACACCAGCAGGUCCAGAUCAGGUCCAGAUCAGAACCUCCCACGUUUACUUUGGGGCCUCCUGUUCCCAGGGUCCGUCGGCGUGCCCUGCCUACCCCACCGAGCUGGUCUUUGGUCUGGACAUGUCCAGCGACGUGACUCCGUCCGGGUUCGAGCGUCAGCGCACCGCGCUCCUCGCCCUGCUGGACGACAUCACCGUCGCCGAGAGCAACUGCCCGACCGGCGCCCGCGUCGCCGUGGUGAUGUUCAACACACACGCCCAGUACCUGAUCCGGUUCCAGGAGCACCGGCGCAAGGCGGAGCUGGUCCGGGCCGUGCGGGGCGUCACCCUGGAGCAGACCAGGAAGCAGCGCCGCCUCGGCGCCGCCAUGCGCUUCGUGGGCCGGAACAUGUUCAAGCGGGUCCGGGCCGGGAUGCGGGUCCGGAAGGUGGCCGUGUUCUUCUCCGGCGGGCCGUCCGAGGACACGGAAGACAUCCUGGCCGCCACCAUGGAGUACCGGGCCCUGGACAUCGUCCCGGCCGUUGUCUCUCUGGAGAAAGCUGCCAAGGUCCGGCAGGCGCUGGAGGCCGACGACUCGGGGAACGCCAUCUUCACGGUUCUGGAGGGGAAGAAGAAACUGGCCGUGGAACUGAGGAAGGUCAAGAACUGCGCAGUGUGUUACGACCCCUGCUCGCGCCCGGAGGAGUGCUCCUUCAUCCAGAAGGUGGAGCAGCCCCAGCAGGUGGACCUGGACCUGGUCCUGGUCCUGGACGGGUCCAGGGAGGUCCAGGCGGACGAGUACGCCGGCACGCAGCAGCUGCUGGGGUCGGUGGUGGAGCGGCUGGCCGUCGGCCCCUUGAGCAGCCGGCCGGGGAACCGGGCCCGGGUGGCGGCGGUCCAGCAGGGCUCGGGCCAGACCACCAAGCUGGAGUUCAACCUGCAGAGGUACCAGAGGCAGGAGCAGGUGAGGGAGCACCUGCUGGGGAACACGCGGCAGCAGGGCGGCGCCGCGGCGCUGGGCCGGACGCUGGACUUCGCCCUGAAGGAGGUGCUGCUGAAGGCCGGCGGGCCGCCGCGCCGCAGGAAGGCCAUGCUAGCCGUGGUGGGCGCCGAGACGGCCUACGGGGACCGGGCCCGGCUGCGCUACGUCUCCCAGAAGGCUAAGUGCGACGGCGUGGCCAUGUUCGUGGUGACGGUGGGCGACCGCUACAACCGGACGCAGGUGGAGGAGCUGGCCAGUCCGCCGGUGCAGCAGCACCUGGUGCACCUGGGCCGGCUGAGGGCGGAGGAGCAGGGCUACGCCCACCGCUUCUUCAGGGUCUUCCUCUCCGCCCUGCAGAAGGGAAUGAACUCGUAUCCUCCACCCGCCCUGAAGGCCGACUGCAGCCGCCUGACGGAGCCGGACAAUGUCGUCACCUUCACGCCUCCACCACAAGGGUAG